AAUCAACUCUUAACCGUUCUUCUUCAUCUAGCAUCAAAUUCUCUCGAGAAAAUCUAAAUCUUCGUUGAAAAAAUGUCGGGUCGUGGAAAGGGAGGAAAAGGUUUGGGCAAAGGAGGAGCCAAGCGUCACAGGAAGGUUCUGAGAGACAACAUUCAAGGAAUCACCAAGCCCGCGAUUCGGAGAUUGGCUCGUAGAGGUGGAGUCAAGCGUAUCAGUGGUCUGAUCUACGAAGAGACACGUGGCGUCCUCAAGAUCUUUCUCGAGAACGUGAUUCGUGACGCUGUUACUUACACCGAGCACGCUAGGAGGAAGACUGUGACCGCCAUGGAUGUUGUUUACGCUCUCAAGAGGCAAGGAAGGACUCUUUACGGAUUCGGCGGUUAAAACGUGGUUUUUCAGAUCCGCGUUUGUGUUUUCUGGGUUUCUUACUUAGGCGUAUUAUUCUGGAAUUUUCUAAUCAAUUCAUGUUAUCUUCAGCGUUUGCGUUUUACUUUUGCUUUAGGUAUGGCGUUUAGUAGUUUGCGGUAGUGUUCUCGUUAUGUGUAAUUACGCCUUUUCUUCUUGCUUCAGCAGUCUCUGGUGAAAUAUAAUCGAAUUAAGUUU